GGGGGCCUCCGGAAGGGUUUGGGGGUCCCGGGGCGUUCCCUGUCCGGUAUCCCGCUCCGUCCCGGUCCAUCCCCCGGUGCCACCCCGCUCCCCUCAGGCCAUGUCGGACCCGUCGCUGCUCUCGGCCGAGCUGGAGGCGGACGAGGAGGAGGAGGCGGCGGCGCUGCGGCGGCUGCUGCUGCAGGUGCCCGCGGACCGUGAGGAGCCCCCGCGCCCCGGCCCCGCCCGGGCGGUGACGCCGCAGCCGGGGCUGUGCGUGAAGACCCGCGCCGGGGGACACAAGGUGUUCCUGAACGUGUGCCACUCGCCCGCGGUGCCGCCGCCGCCGCCCGUGCCGCCCCCGGGGCUGCAGCAGCUCCUGCGGGAGCCGCCCGGGCCUGACGGCGCCUUCCGCAUCCCCAUGAGCCUGGGGGAGCCGCACGCCGAGCUGGACCGAGGCGGCCGUGGCUGCACCGCCUACGACGUCGUGGUCAACUCGGAUUUCUUCAGGACGCUGCAGGCUGACCCGCUGUACCUCGAGUUCUUCCUGACCGUGGCCAUGGAGGGGCUGUCGGAGAAGUACGGGCUGGAGCUGGAGCUGACUGACUGGCGCGUGCUGCGGAACCGAAAGUUCCUGGGCUCCAUCUCGGCCCAGAACAUCCGCACCCGGCCCCGGCCCCACAUCCAGGAGCUCCCGGGCCCCCCGGAGCCCCCCGAGUUCGUGGUGGUGGCCGAGCCCUCAGCACAGCACCCAAAGGUGCUGCAGGCCCGGGUGCACCUGCCCCAGGUGGAGGGGGCGGGGUCUCUGUGGCUGGGGCUGAGCGAGGAGCAGCUGCUGCUGUUCCACCCGCCGCCGCCGGGGGGCGCUGCCGAGGCCGCCGCGGGUCUGCCCGGCCAGCGGGGGGCGCUGCUGGAGCUGGGGCUGCCGCUGCCCGCCGACCCCGCGCGGUGCCGCGCGCGCUUCCACCGCCGCUCCAAGGUUCUCACCGUGACGAUGCCGCUGCGGGCGUGAGGGGCCAGGGACCCCCAGCCCCACUGUGGGACCCCUCCAGGGCGACCAGGAUCACCCGGGACCCUCCCCAGGAACACCCGGGACCCUCCCCAGGAACACCCGGGACCCUCCUGGACCCCCCAGCUCAGGAUCAUCCUGGACUUCCCUGUGGGGACCCCCUUCGGGACCCUCCUGGGGUCUCCUUAGGGCCCCCUGGGACCCUCCUGGACCCCCCAGCUCAGGACCAUCCUGGACUUCCUCUCGGGGACGUUCAUGGGGUCUCUUUGGGGCUCCCCCCGGACCCUCCUGGAUCCCCACAGAACCCUCCUGGACCCCCCAGCUCAGGAUCGUCCUGGACUUCCUCUCGGGGACCCUCCUGGGGUCUCCUUGGGGCCCUCCUGGACCCCCCAGCUCAGGACUGUCCUGGACUUCCUCUCAGGGACCCCCUUUGGGACCCUCCUGGGGUCUCUUUGGGGCUCCCCCGGUCCCCUCCUGUUCCCCCCAGGCCCCUUUUCCCACCCUCCACACCCCCCCCAACACACCCCCCAUCUUUUUUGGUGCGAAACCCCCCAAUAAAAGCGAAACGCGCA